CACUGGCUGUCACACUCUCGUCGUCAACUAGAUAAUUCGUCUUUGAGUUCAAUGAGUGGAGAGUGGUCAUGAAUUGAUAGACAGAAAUUCAUAGCGAGCAUAUUUGGCGUGAGGAAGCCCUUCGAGAUAUUUCAGCUACAGUCAUAACGAAGAUGCAACGAUGACUCAACCUCAGCUGAAUGAGUUCAUUCCCCCUCCGGAGUGCCCUGUUUUUGAGCCCAGCUGGGAGGAAUUUGCCGACCCUUUUGCGUACAUCAACAAAAUACGACCUAUUGCAGAGAAAACUGGCAUCUGCAAGAUCCGACCCCCGCCUGACUGGCAGCCACCAUUUGCCUGCGAUGUUGACAGACUGAAAUUCACACCACGGAUACAAAGGCUCAAUGAACUGGAGGCUCAGACCAGAGUUAAGCUCAACUUCCUGGAUCAAAUAGCAAAAUUCUGGGAACUGCAAGGAUGCACACUGAAAAUCCCUCAUGUGGAAAGAAAGAUUUUGGAUCUUUAUCAGCUGAAUAAGCUGGUGAAUGAAGAAGGGGGCUUUGAUGCGGUCUGUAGGGAGCGCCGCUGGACUAAGAUAUCCGUCAAGAUGGGCUUUGCUCCAGGCAAGGCGAUUGGGUCUCACCUGCGGGCACACUAUGAGAGGAUCCUCUACCCAUAUAACCUGUUUCAGACUGGAAACAACAUGCAUAAAGCCACCUUGACCAAUGACACUAAAGAUAAGGAGUACACUCCUCACGACCUGCCGCAGCGACAGUCUGUCCAGCCCCAGGAAACCUGCAGCAUUGCUCGCCGGGCAAAGCGAAUGAGAUCUGAAAGAGGCUGUGUUAAAACUGAACCUGGGGACAUUUGUGAGAAUCGUCCCAAUUUAAGGAGGAGGAUGGGAACAUAUUCUGCCAAACCAGAGCCUGUGAGGAUGGCUGUCACUGAGGUGAAGGAGGAGCCCAUUGAACAUGAACUUACAAUCUUAAAUAAGAUAAAUAUACCCCCCUUGAAUAAAGUGGACCAGUACAUGUGCCUGGUGUGUGGCAGUGGGACUGCUGAGGACCGUCUGCUGUUGUGUGACGGCUGUGAUGACAGCUAUCACAUCUUCUGUCUGAUCCCUCCCCUCCCCGACGUUCCCAAAGGCGACUGGAGGUGUCCCAAGUGCCUGGCUCAGGAAUGUGGCAAACCUCCUGUCGCGUUUGGCUUUGAGCAGGCCAGCAGGAGCUACACCCUCCAAGCUUUUGGAGACAUGGCCGAUUCCUUCAAGUCUGAUUAUUUCAACAUGCCGGUGCAUAUGGUUCCUACUGAGCUAGUGGAGAAGGAGUUCUGGCGUCUUGUCAGCACCAUUGAGGAGGAUGUGACUGUGGAGUAUGGAGCUGACAUUGCCUCCAAGGAGUUUGGGAGUGGUUUCCCUGUGAAGAACGGCCAUUUUCAAGUCUCUCCUGAGGAUGAGCAUUACCUGAGCAGCGGAUGGAACCUGAACAACAUGCCGGUGCUGGAUGCCUCAGUGCUGACUUACAUUACAGCCGAUAUCUGUGGGAUGAAGUUACCAUGGCUGUAUGUUGGCAUGUGCUUCUCCUCCUUCUGCUGGCAUAUUGAGGACCACUGGAGUUACUCUAUAAACUACCUUCACUGGGGGGAGCCAAAGACGUGGUAUGGGGCCCCUGGUUAUGCUGCAGAGCAUCUCGAGUCUGUCAUGAAGAGUCUGGCGCCUGAGCUGUUUGAGUCUCAGCCAGACCUCCUUCACCAGCUGGUCACCAUCAUGAAUCCCAACACUCUCAUGAACAACGGUGUCCCGAUCUAUCGCACCAACCAAUGUGCGGGCGAGUUUGUCAUCACUUUCCCCAGAGCUUACCACAGUGGAUUCAACCAGGGUUUCAAUUUUGCUGAAGCUGUCAACUUUUGCACCAUGGACUGGAUGCCCAUUGGCCGUAACUGUGUGGCACACUAUCGCGAGCUGAGCAGGUACUGCGUUUUCUCCCAUGACGAGAUGGUUUGUAACAUGGCCUGUAAAGCGGACACGAUGGAUGUCGACCUGGCGUCAACAGUGCAGACGGACAUGGCUGUCAUGAUCCAUGAAGAAGAGGAACUAAGAGAAAAGAUUAACAAAUUGGGCAUCAUGCAAUUUCAACAAGUUGAUUAUGAAGUGCUCCCAGACGAGGAGCAGCAGUGCUGCAAGUGUCGGACCACCUGCUACCUGUCUGGCAUCACCUGUGCCUGCAGUCCUGGCAAGAUGGUUUGUCUGUACCAUGCCCAGGACCUCUGCUCCUGCCCUCAUAGCAACCUUAGACUCAACUUCAAGUUUACACUGGAUGAGCUGUAUUCCAUGAUGUCAUCAGUGAUGCUGCGUGCAGAGUCCUAUAAAGACUGGGUCUCCAAUGUGCAGGAAAUCCUGGAGAACAAAGGAAACAAGAAAAGAGGUUUGGAAGAGCUUCACAGCCUGGUGGAGCAGGCAGAAACCAAGGCAUUCCCACAAACCAGCCUCCUGGAUCAGCUACGCAUAGUUACCUCAGAGGCUGACAAAGUCGCUGUGAUGGCACAACAGCUACUAAAUGGAAAGAGGCAGACGAGAUAUCGUUCUGGAGGAGGAAAGUCUCAAAAUCAGAACGAGUUGACUGUGGAGGAGCUGAGGUCUUUUGUCCGGCAGUUUGACAGCCUGCCGUGCAACAUCCGACAGGCUCCUUUACUGAAAGACCUUCUGACCCGGGUGGAUGACUUCCAGCAGCGCAGUGAACGUCUCCUCUCUGAUGAGUCACCCAGUCCGCUGGAGCUGCAGGACCUGUUGGAUGUGAGCCUGGGCCUGGACGUGGAGCUGCCUCAGCUGCCCCUGCUGAGGGAGAGACUGGAGCAGGCCCGCUGGCUGGAGGCCGUGCAGCAAGCCAGCAGCCGGCCUGAAAGCCUCUGUCUGGACACCAUGAGGAGGCUGAUAGACCAGGGUGUGGGUUUGGCCCCUCACAGCUCUGUGGAAAGGGCCAUGGCCCGUCUGCAGGAGCUGCUGACAGUGUCGGAGCAGUGGGAGGAGCGGGUGCUCAGCCUCUUGGAAGCCAGGCCUUAUCACAGCAUGGAAACACUUGAGAUUGCUCUACAAGAAGUGGAGAACAUCCCUGCCUAUCUGCCCAACUGCCUGCAGCUGAAGGAUGUCAUUGCCAAGGCCAAGAAGUGGCUUCAUGAAGCUGAAGCUCUCCAGCUUGGGGGACGUAUUCCCGUGCUGGACAGCCUCUCUGAGCUGGUUCUCAGAGCAGAGGGCAUCCCAGUGAGGCUCGACCCGCUGAGUCGCCUGGAGGCUCUCAUCAGUGAUGUUCAGACCUGGAAGGAGAGCGCAGGGAAGACAUUCCUACUGAAAAACUCCCCUUUCUCUCUUCUUGAGGUGCUUUGUCCAAGAUGUGACGUAGGGACCCUGCAACACAGGUCAAAACCUAAAAAAGCAAAGGAAACGACACCAAUCAGCAAAAAAGCUUCAGCAAAACUGGAGUCUCUGUGUGACGUGGAGAGAGCGCUCUGUGAGAGCAAGGACUCUGCCUCUGCUAUGGCCGCACUGGCCGAGGUUCGCCAGAGGGAGAUGGACAUCUUGUUGGCUUUGCGUGCUUCAAAUGAGUCCAAGCUUCUUCCUGCUGAAAACUGUUGUGCACUUAGUGUUUGUGUUUGCCAAAAGGCCCCUUCGGGCGCCAUGGCGCAGUGUGAGCUCUGUCGAGAGGUUUUCCACUGUGGCUGCGUUACCGCGACUGCAGAGCUCGAGUAUGGCCAAGCCUGGCUUUGCCCGUUUUGCCAGCGGUCGAGGAAACCCCCUCUGGACAAGGUCCUGCCCCUGUUGGCAUCUCUGCAGAGGAUUCGGGUUCGACUGCCAGAAGGAGACGCCCUGCGCUUCCUCAUUGAGAGGACGGUGCAGUGGCAGCACAGAGUCCAGCAGGCCUGCACAGAGGGAGUGCUGGACGAAGUGGCAAAGAUGGGGAGAGUUGGACCGAGAGUGUCUUCUUCAUAUCUGACUCAGGAAAUAAAUUCACUCUUUCAUACGAAGCACCAGUCUGUUCCAUUUCAGGGUCUCGGCCCUGAGCUGGAGGAGCUGAUGGUGGAGGGAUUCCUGCUGCAGGUCACUCUGCCUGAGACCGAGCAGCUGUACAGGUACCUGCUGUACAAACUGGCCCCCCAACCAUCAUAUAGCGACACCUGUGGGAAGUACACAGAACAGGACCAACCAUCUCCGAGAGGGAGCCCCCACCACAAAAAGAUUAAAGAUUCCAGUAUCGAAAAGGAGGCGAUGAACGGUCAGAGCAAAAGGACCAAGCGACGCAAAGAAAGCUCCGACUCCCAGCACAGCGAGAAGGCCAAGAAGUGCCGCAAGAAGUCUAAGAAAAGCAGAGAGAGGAAUGAAGAAACCAAGAGGGCUUGUUCUCCCCCACACACAUCGUUUGAUCCUGCUCCUUCAGAUUCAGAGGAGGACUACUCACUGUGUGCUGCGCCGUGGUGCAGAGAGCCAGAGGGUGACGAGGUAAACUGGGUCCAGUGUGACGGCAGCUGUAAUCAGUGGUUCCACCAGAUCUGUGUUGGACUGUCUGCUGAGCGAGCAGAGAAGGAGGACUAUAUUUGCAUAAGCUGCACACAGCCAGACUACGACAGAGGAGAAUGAAGACCAAAAAAAAAGUGACUAUGAAGGAUCAGCAGUUUUGUUGCAAGCCGCAGCACUUAAGUGCACACCUGAACUCUGUGUGGCCUGCAACUCCUCCCCUUUAUCUUCUGGCUGGUCCUCGAUGAACAUGGUGCUAUCACUGUUUUUCCAGAGUUACAAAAGACUUCUGUCACUGUUUUCGUCACCUGGCUGAUUUUUCAGCCAAUCAACUAAUCCCUUUUGAAACUUUCCGAGACUUGAUGCAGGUGUACACAAUGGUAAAAUGUUUCAAGAACCAACAGGGCAGGGAUUUUUCAACCAAAAGAAAAAAAAAGUCAAUUUGACAUCACAUUUUCGAACUGCUUUUUUCUUUUUUUUUCUUUUUUUUUUUUUUACAUGCAUCUGAACAAUGUGAAACUUAUCUUUCUCUUGAAGAGUAAAUAUUAUUUAUCUAAGCAAUAACUGAACUGAUUAAUUGAGGUUUGGUUUUCACCUGAGCUGUAUUUGUGCUUUCUUUGAUAGAAUGCCUUCUCGAAGCAAAAACCCUGAAGAAUUCACUUUAUGAAUCCUAUGAUUUUUACACAGUUCAGUUAAGAUUUGUGAACAGAAAUCACUUGAAUCAGAAACCAGGGAGAGCAAUGACCGUACGUCUGAGCUUGUUGAUCUAAAAUGUGCAAACGUUUGCACCUGAAUUUUUGCCCACAUCCCUUAACAAAUCACUGACUUUGAUAUAAAGUCUGGUUCCCUUUUGCGCUGUGAGUCCUGGAUCUGUUGUUACUGGCGUUGGGUGAGACUCGAUCACGUUCACAUGACGAGUAUGAACUGUCCGACAUCAAAGGAAUGUACAUUUUGUGUGAGGGUGGACUUUCCCUUUAUGGUUUAGGAUGAAAAUGUUGUGUUGGACUUAGAUUUAACACAGUGUGUGAUUUAUUUGCCACGGGUAUAUGACCUUUUUCUGCUCCUUUGGGUAAAUAAUAUAAUUCAUAUGUUGCAGUUUGCAUUAUAAAAUAAAAAUGUUUGUUCCCAUA